UUCAGGCGCAGCGGUCGAAUUAUUUGAGGAACAAGGCAACUCUGUUGUUCACUUCCAAUCCGGAGGAGAAAAUUCUGUCUCAUUUCCACUUCGUUCGCCUGUUCGUCCGAAAAUGGUGAACGUACCAAAGAGUCGUCGCACCUACUGCAAAAAAUGCAAGACCCACAAGGUCCACAAAGUGACGCAGUACAAGAAAUCCAAGGAGCGUAGUGCUGCCCAGGGUCGUCGUCGUUACGACAGAAAACAAAAGGGUUAUGGUGGUCAAACCAAACCUAUUUUCAGGAAGAAGGCCAAGACCACUAAAAAGAUUGUCCUGAGGAUGGAGUGCUCAGAAUGCAAAGUCCGCAAGCAGAUCCCCCUCAAGCGCUGCAAGCACUUUGAACUUGGAGGUGACAAGAAGAGGAAGGGACAGAUGAUUCAGUUCUAGACUGUUUGUCAUCACCUUGUGCUGGCCAAUACAACAUCUUUGGCGCCUA